AUGUCUGAAACUAAUGGGACAUAUUUUAAAUAUUUGAAUCAGAUCUUCAAAGAGUUUCAACGAUUUGGUUCAAGUUUUGACCUCUAUGAGAACCAGCAACCUUUUAUUGGAACGGCUCCUAAUACCAAUGAAAUUAACAUUAAUGAAAAUAAUUUUUUCAAUAAACAUAACCAUUUAUUACUUUUUUUAAAUACAACCAGGUCUGGAUCCGCUCACAGGCAUUUUGGAAUCACUUUUAAACAGUUUAUAGGUACUAUAUUUUUAUCUUUUCUUUUUUCAGGCUCUCAAAUAAUUUUAUUUAGUUUUUUAAGAACAAAAUUUAAAACACUAUAUCAACCAAAUCUUUUUUUAAAAAAAUUAAAAGAAACGUUGAAUAAAAAAAAAAGAGAGAAAAGAAAUAAUAAAUCGUCUACAAUCGAAACAACCACCACCACCACUACUACUACCACCAGCAGUACUACUCCUAAUACUAUAAACAAUAGUAGCAAUUUUUCAGCUAAUAGUACGAAGAAGAAGAAGAAAAAUGAACAGGUUUCCGAUAAUAAUAUUUAUAAUAUGAUUAUUAGUGAGGAUGUUAAUCACGGCUUAUUCAAUUGGUUAAAAAAAUCCAUAUUUGAUGUGAAUCAUCAGGACUAUUUUCUUUUAGGUUUAGAUGCUUAUCUAUUUAUAAGAUUUAUUACAAUGCUAAGUUUUUUCUGCUUUAUACUCACCAUAGUUAUUGUUCCCAUACUCAUUCCAAUUCACUAUAAUUCAGGUUUCAACAAAAAGAAAACCGUGACAAAAUUAUUAAAUGAACAAUUGGGUAUUUCCAAUAAAACUUUUAUUACUAAAAAUUUAUUGAAUAACACACAUAUUCAUGAGGAGUUCAUUAUAAAUUAUAACGGGUUAGAUAAAAUAUCAAUGUCUAAUAUCGCCCCAAUUUAUUCAAAUAGAUUAAUAUACCAUUUCUUAUUAGCAGUAUUCACUGUUUUACUUUUCCAUUUCUUUCUCAUCCAUGAACUAAAUUUUUAUUGUAAAAGCAAAGCAAAUUUUUCAAAAAUGUUGGAGGAAAAUAAAAAUGUAAAUUUUUUCAAAGAGUUGUGGGAUUCAAGAGCUACUCUAUUUGUGGACAAUGUUCCAAGUAGCAUGCUUAAAAAUAUGGAACUUUUGAUAUAUUUUUUUGAAAAGUUUUGUCCCUGUUCUGUGACUGAUAUAUGGUUUAUUCCUAAAAACUAUGAGCGUUUUUUCAAGUUUAAAAAAAGACAUAUAAAAAUAUUAAAUAAAAUUGAAAAAAUUGAAAUGGAAUUGUUGUUGAAUAAUUAUUUUCUAUUAAAUUUCAAUGAAGAUUUAAAGCCAUUAUUACUUUCUUCUUUAUCCGGCAAUAGCAGCUCCUAUAAUAAUGAUAAUGGUAAUAGUACUUCAAAUUAUUUGAUAUCUCAAUAUAAGAACAAUCUGCUUUUAGAAAAUACGGUCUCAUAUGAACAUCUACGUUUUAUUAAAAAUGCAAAAAUCCAUACUUUUAUGAACUUUUUUAAAAUGAACAAUUUGGUAGAAGUUGAAUUCAAAAAAAUUACAUUUAAAUUAAAGUUCCUCAAAACCCCCCUACAAAUAACAUUAUACAAACCAAUAGUAAAUUACAGGUACAAAACAUAUAGUAAAAACAAAAACACUCUGUUAGACAACUGUGUUUACAGCUACAUAGAAAAUUUACAAAAAUGGGGAAACUUUAAAGAGAUUAUUCUAGAUAAGUCACAACCAGCAAAGCCAAAUAAAGGUAAAAAUAAAUGCAAGGUCCCUUUGGUGGCCAACUACAACUACGAUUUCAAAUCAUUUCACAAAAAGGCAUUUAUUAAGUUCAAAAGCAUAUAUAUGGCCGAUAUAUAUCAUCAGCUUUUAUUGUCAGACCAUAUAAACCUUUUAAAUAAUAAAAUUGUGGGUACAAAUCUGAAAGAUAUAAUAUGGGAUAAUUUAACUUGUUCAAGCUCCACUUUAUUAUUUAUCAGAAAUUUAAUUGGCAAUUUGUGUACUUUUGCGGUUAUUAUAGGUUGGGUUGUUCCAGUGGCCUUUGUUGGAUUGACCUCCCAGAUUCCCUAUUUGACUAAAUUGGUUCCGUUUUUAUCAAUAAUUAACACUUUUCCUCCGCUCAUCACUGAACUUUUGGAAAAUAUCAUUCCAGUUUUAACCUUGAUGUUUUUGACAGAAAUAGUUCCAGACAUUUUCCGGUGAGUGCAGGUAUCUCAAAAGGAGCCAACAGUUGGUUCAGAUAUCCAAGAUUUAAUUAUGAAACCUAAAAUAUUUCCUGAAUUUCUCCAGACUGGAUUAAACGACUUUAUAUGGUUACCAAAAGAUUACAAAGGAUUUACCAACGAGCAAAUUAAAAAGCUUAAAAGUAAUUACGGUUCAAAUAUAAAGGUGUCUACAGCACAUUACAAAUUGAAUCUUUCUGGAGAUAUUAUUAUGCUGUAA